CCGUGCGAGCUGGGGCUGAUACGAGUACCCGCAUACGAAGUGUGGACUGUGGACUGUCGUUACGCGCAUUCUCGGUUAUUUUUCGUCCAGACUGGCUACAUUUUCCUUUCUUGGUGUGGAAGAGAACGGUGGCUUUGGAGCUGUCUUUCAUUAAACAUUUGAGAUCCCUUUCCAUCCGGUCCUUCGCUGAUUUCUACAGGAAGCAACUGACAAUUUAGGAAUAUUGUACCUCUUCGUGGUAAUGCCAUGUGACAAGGCUUUUCAUCAUUAGCAGUUUCUUUAUCCUCCUCCAAAAGUCGCUACUGGUGUCACCUGUCUGCUCUGACAUUGGUGAUAUUCAAAGAGUAGCUCAGUAAAGGAAAAAUAGAAAAAGACCCUGGAGAAAUGGAAGUUUUGGCCGUUGGCUUGGUCCACUGAGGCUGCUGCCGCUGCCGCUGGUGAUUUGGCGAUUGGUGCAGGGGGGAAAACUGCGUCGCCAGGUCUGAAAGGCUGGGGAUCUCGGGUCAUUAUAACACGACCUGCAUUUCAAGACUGCAAAGGAGACCCCCCCUUCAUGUUACCGAAUGGUUAUAGAUUUAUUCUCCAUUAAAUGAUUGGCCACAUCGUGCAGCUCCUCAGCUCGACUUAACGCGUCGGCGUUUGAAUGCGGUUUGUUUUCACUGCAGCUCAGCGUCUCUACUCAUCUAGAAUAUGAUUUAAUGUUGGACGGAAUUUCAACAGGGCACUGCUGUCUAAAUACACAGGAAUUUGUUCCUCUCAAACGCCAAGAGAACAUAUCAAGGCAGAGAUUACCUGAGAUUUCCUUGACCACCCUACAGAUGGACUAAAACAGAAGCGUCGUUUCACGGGAUUUUAACUCUCUUCGCCUUCAGACAGCUAUAGUUUUUUUUAUUUUAUUUGGGAGGGGAGUAUCUCUGAACAUAAUGAAAGUUAUCUUGGCUAUGUUGCUUGUUGCUGUUUUUUGGAGCCAGGAGUGGAAGUCGGCGCUCUCGGAUUCAAUCAUCCAUAUCGGUGCAAUCUUUGAUGAGUCAGCACGGAAAGAUGACGAGGUGUUUCGUCUUGCUGUGGCAGAUCUCAAUUUGAACAAUGAGAUCUUGGAGACAGAGAAAAUCACUAUCUCUGUGGAAUUCGUUGAUGGGAACAACCCUUUCCAGGCUGUACAAGAAGCUUGUGAGCUGAUGAACCGUGGUAUCCUGGCUCUAGUCAGCUCUAUUGGCUGCAUGUCGGCAGGCAGCCUUCAAACUCUGGCCGAUGCCAUGCACAUCCCCCACCUCUUUAUCCAGCGGUCCCCAGCGGGAACACCCCGUUCUGCCUGCCCGCCCACCAGUCGCGUUGCUGGAGCUGAUGACUACACUCUCAUGGUCCGCCCACCUGUGUAUCUGAAUGAGGUCAUCAUGCAAGUGGUGUCUGAGUACAGCUGGCAGAAGUUCGUCCUCUUCUAUGAUUCUGAUUUUGAUAUUCGUGGUAUUGAGGAUUUCCUGGACCGGACUUCUCAGCAGGGCAUGGAUGUGUCCCUUCAGAAGGUGGAAUCUAACAUCAACACAAUGAUCACAACUUUGUUCAGAACAAUGCGUGUGGAGGAGCUGCAUCGUUACAGGGAUACACUACGCAGAGCAGUGCUGUUCAUGAGCCCAGCUACUGCCAAGGCUUUUAUCACUGAGGUGGUGGAGACGAACCUGGUUGCCUUUGAUUGUCACUGGAUCCUGAUAAAUGAGGAGAUCUCAGACUAUGACUUACAAGAGUUGGUCAUGAAGUCAAUUGGCCGGCUGACGUUGGUACGCCAGAUGUUCCCAAUGCCCCAGAAUACAUCUCAACGCUGUGUCAAACACAACCACAGGAUCAACACUUCCCUCUGUGAUCCUAAAAACCCUAAGGCCCAGCAGCUAGAGAUCACCAGCCGCUACAUCUAUGACACUGUGUUGCUACUGGCCAAUACCUUUCACAGAAAGCUGGAGGACAGGAAGUGGCACAGCAUGGCCAGUCUGAGCUGCAUCAGGAAGAACUCCAAACCAUGGCAGGGAGGCAAGAGCAUGCUGGAUACUGUCAAAAAGUUCGGAGUGAGCGGCCUCACUAGUUUCUUGGAGUUCACGGACAACGGCACUAAUCCCAAUAUCUUCUUUGAAAUCCUGGGAACAAAUUAUGGAGAAGACAGGGGACGAGGAGUCAACAGGCUGGCAACAUGGGACCCAGUUCAUGGAUUGAAUGGAACUCUGACAGACAGAAAAUUGGAAAAUAACAUGAGAGGAGUUGUUCUACGAGUCGUCACUGUGCUGGAGGAGCCAUUUGUAAUGGUGUCAGAGAAUGUGCUGGGGAAACCGAAGAAGUACCAGGGCUUUUCCAUCGACGUCCUGGAUGCUCUGUCCAACUACCUGGGCUUUAAGUAUGAGAUCUAUGUAGCUCCAGACCACAAAUAUGGCAGCUUGCAAGCUGAUGGACAGUGGAAUGGACUGAUGGGUGAACUGGUUUUUAAGCGAGCCGACGUGGGACUUUCUGCUUUGACCAUCACGCCUGAGCGGGAGAGCGUUGUAGACUUCACCACACGCUACAUGGAUUAUUCUGUGGGCGUUCUGUUGCGCAAGGCCGAACGCACUGUGGACAUGUUUGCCUGCCUGGCACCCUUUGACCUUUCAUUGUGGGCGUGCAUCGCAGGCACUGUUCUCCUCGUUGGCAUCCUGGUGUACUUGCUCAACUGGCUCAACCCACCACGGCUACCAAUGGGAUCUGUUUCUUCAACAACACUCUACAAUUCCAUGUGGUUUGUGUAUGGCUCCUUUGUACAACAAGGUGGAGAGGUUCCCUACACCACCCUAGCAACAAGGAUGAUGAUGGGUGUUUGGUGGAUGUUUGCUCUCAUUGUCAUCUCUUCGUAUACUGCCAAUCUAGCAGCUUUCCUCACCAUCACACGCAUAGAGAACUCUAUACAGUCGCUGCAGGACCUAUCCAAGCAGACAGAGCUGCCAUAUGGUACAGUCUUGGACUCUGCAGUAUACGAUCAAGUGCGCUCCAAGGCUAUGAACCCUUUUGAGAGAGAUCCCAUGUAUUCCCAGAUGUGGCGGAUGAUUAAUCGCACCGGUGCAGGAGAUAAUAAUGUGGAAGAGUCAAAGGAAGGCAUUCGCAAGGUGAAAUAUGGCCGGUUUGGGUUCGUGUGGGAUGCAUCAGUGCUGGAGUACGUUGCAAAUAAUGAUGAAGAUUGUUCCUUCUACACCAUAAGCAGCAACGCACCAGACCGUGGAUAUGGUAUUGCCAUGCAGCACGGCAGCCCCUACAGAGACAUUUUCUCCCAAAGAAUCCUGGAACUGCAGCAGAAUGGAGACAUGGAUGUACUAAAACUCAAGUGGUGGCCCAAGGACAGUCCCUGUGACCUCUACAGCUCAGUCCAGACACGACAGCGGGGCAAUGCCCUUGAUAUCCACAGCUUUGCUGGUGUCUUCUGCGUCCUGGCAGCUGGUGUGGUGCUCUCCUGCCUUAUCGCUAUGGUGGAAAGCUGGUGGUCACGGCGGAAGGGAUCCAGAGUCCCCUCCAAGGAGGACGAUAAGGAGAUCGACCUGGAGCACCUACACCGCCGGGUUAACAGCUUGUGCACCGAGGAUGAAAGCCCCCACAAGCAGUUCUCCACCUCUUCCGUCGAUUUAACACCCCUUGACAUGGAUGCGCUGCCUGCUGCCCGCCAGGCACUUGAGCAGAUCAGCGAUUUCCGCAACACCCACAUCACCACCACCACCUUCAUCCCUGAGCAGAUCCAGACCCUAAGCCGUAGCCUCUCUGCCAAAGCUGCUGCUGGAUUUUCUGCUAGUUUUGGUGGCGGUGGCGGGGGUGUCCUCCAGGACCACCGGACUGGUGGGGUUGGCCCUUUCAGGCAGAGGGCCCCCAAUGGAGGCUUCUUUCGCAGCCCCAUUAAAACAAUGUCCUCCAUCCCCUACCAGCCCACAGGUCCAGGACCCAACUUUGGAUAUGGCAAUGAUCCAGACAGGGGUACCUCCAUAUGAGGAGUUACUAUGGAUGUGGUUGGUUCAGGAGGAAGUGUAGAAGGUGGAGGCAGUGUUAGAGUAUGUCAUGGGGUGGUUGAACAAUACAUUGUGGCUAGGCUAAAAAGUCAGAGGAUAGAGAUCUGUGUACAUAGCAAUCUUUCUGUUUUCAGUUUCUGCUUGGGUGUUUACAGGAGUGUCUGUUUUGUAUGUGAAGAAAACAAAAGGGGGUGGAGAUGUGUUGGGGCAUUUCUUAUCCUCCUGCAAACCAUGCUGGUGAGGUGCAACAAGGGAAAAGGACAGGGAGGGUGGGGGCUGGAUUUCUUUCUUUUUUUUUUUUUUUUUUCUUGCUUUAUUGUUGUUCUUGUGAUUGUUUGAGGGA